UUCAUCUACAACUUUCAAAAUGUCACAAUCCAUAAAAAAGUUUAAAAAUCCAUCCACCCUCUAGAAACUCCACUUUCUCCCACCUCAACACUCAACAACAACUCCACCACCUUCCACCCACAAUCAACCCUCUCUCUCUUUCUUCUUCCACAACCUUCGCGCAAAAUCCGCUAUCAUCUCUUUCUCCAACACCAUCAUAUAUAAAGUUAAACUCCCAGUAUUUACUCUUUACAGUAAACAACUGAAACCUUCCCAAAAUAGAAAGAUGAGAGAAGGAGAAGUGGUCGUACUUGCUAAUGGCGCCGAUGACAACCCACAAGAGGGUGAGAGAUUAGCGGAUUAUGUGGUUGAUGUUUACCCUUUAAACCGCUACUAUUUUGGGUCUAAAGAUGCUCUUUCUACUAAGGAUGAAACAAUUGCUGACUCGCUUCUUCGCUUGAAAUCUAAUUAUGAAGCUCGUGGAUUAAGGACUAAUGUUCAAGCUGUUAUUUUGGUUGAGUUGUUUAAACAUCCACAUCUCUUAUUGUUACAAGUGAAGAAUCGAACUUUUGACCUUCCUGGAGGCCGCUUAAAGCAGGGUGAAUCAGAUCUUGAAGGAUUGCGUCGCAAACUUUCAAGGAAGCUAUCUCUUGAUGAAGGCAGUGAUGAGGUAGAAUGGGAGGUGGGAGAUUGCUUGGGAAUGUGGUGGAGGCCAGAUUUUGAGACCGUGCUCUACCCAUAUUUGCCCCCUAAUAUUAAGCAGCCCAAGGAGUGUGCCAAGCUAUUUUUGGUGAAGUUGCCAGUAAGUCGAAAAUUCAUUGUGCCAAAGAACCUAAAGUUGCUCGCUGUUCCGUUAUGUCAGGUUCAUGACAACCACAAGACAUAUGGACCCAUAAUAGCUGGGAUCCCGCAGCUAUUAUCAAAGUAUUCGUUCAACAUGAUCGAGGCUUAAAGUUCGUGGAAGCAAUUAUAUACAAUAUAUUGUGUUGAAGAUAAAUUGUAUGUAGCAGAAAGGAUUUUAGUUCUGGGCAGAGCACAUUGUAGUCUACUGGCGCUUUCUUUGUAUAGUGAACUUUUUACUAGUAUCAUAGAUUUGUUGAUAGUGGUUGUAAGUUGUAACUGUAUUGGUAUAUAAGAGAUUUAUUUGGUUUUGAAAUUAGCUAGGUGUAUUUUGCUGUUACAUUUGUAUCAAAGGGUCUUUUUGAGGAAGAGUAGUACUACUUUGUAUAUCAACAUAAUAUUGGAACUACAUUGUGUUUGACUGUUUUUUAUGUCUCCAAAACGUGUUAACUAAAUACUUUGACCGUAUUUCCUUAAUGUCUAAAUCUUGAACUAUAU